AUGCCGAAGCUGCUGCGGUGUAAUGUCAAGAAGCUGGAGUGGGAUAUGAACGUGUCCGAGCUGCCCCAGCUAUUCCAGGACGCCUUUGAUUUGGCUAGAGCGUUACAAAUACCGUAUGUCUGGAUUGAUGCUCUGUGCAUCAUACAAGAUGAUGAGGCUGACAAGACAUCCGAAAUAUCCAAGAUGGAUCACAUCUAUCAGAAUGCCUUCCUCAACGUUGGCGCCACUGGAGCCGCCGAUACUGUAUGGCCACCAGCAGACAGCGACUCGUCGUCUGACAGUGUGGUCGAGGGCAAGGUCGAAAAUGAGCUUAUGGGCGAUGCAAACGCUGAGUAUACAGCUAUUGGGCGGCUUGAAGAAAUUGACGUUACACCGUCUGGCUCUGACCCUUUUGGCUGCAUCUCAUCCGCUCGUCUCCAGAUGUCCGGCCAUCUCCGCAAAGCAAUCCGACAGGCAUCAGAACGCAACGUUAGACGCAUGCCUUCCUAUUCAUGCGACGAUCAAGGUGUGCAAUACGAGUGGUUUGACACCGGACAUGACGCGGAGAAGCUCAAUAUCCGAGACAUGAGCACUGCUUACUUCCUUCUGCUUGCGCAUCGAGAACGAGCGUGGGUGCUAGACAUUAGCAACAACUUCGUUCAGACUGAAAAGCUCACAGGCAUCAUUGUCGAGCCCGUUGACGAAGACAGAACAACAUGGCGCAGAAUCGGUUUGUUCGAUCAUCCUCGUGGUGACGGGUGGAUGGAGCGGGACUACAGUCCAGGCUAUCCUGAAUUUGACGACUGGGACCCAGAAAACUAUGAGAGGCAUACAAUCACAAUCAUCUAG